AACUUUAUUCCAGUCCAAACGGCUCCACUUUGGACACAUUAGGUCACUAUUUAUGGUAAACAAGUCAUUAUUUCGUCAUUCUUCAGUUCCAUAUGUAGUUCACCUAUAGAGGGAACACGCAGGCACGCGCAGCACAUACCGGAAGUGGACUCGCUGCGACCUCUUCCACAGCGUUUUGUAGCCAUGGCAACUGAGCACGGUGGCAGCAUCCUCCAGCUCAUUUACCCUGCGCGCGGACAGCUGAGCUUAGCUAAAUGUGCUUCCAAAAUGGCGACGGGACGUCAAACAUUUGUAACGGUGCUGUUCUACUCGCUUUGUUGUGUGACAUUUUCUGUAAUUCUCAGAACUACAGACAAAGAUGUGUGGGCCAAUGAAUUUGACUCAAUUGAAUUGACCUGCUUGAUAGAGUCCAUAUCUACAAACAACCCUAGGAUUGAAUGGAAGAAGAUCAAAAAUGGGGUUCCCAGUUAUGUAUAUUUCCAAAAUAAAAUUACAGGUGAUUUGGUGAACAGGGCGCUGUUGAGAGAACCUGCAAACCUUCUGAUUCUAAACGCCAGCAGAUCAGACAGCGCGAAAUAUCGCUGCGAGGUAGUUGCUAUUGAUGACCACAAACCCUUCGAUGAAAUACUUAUAAGUCUGGCUGUGAGAGUGAAGCCGGUGGUGCCAAGGUGCAGUGUUCCAAAUUCAGUCACUGCAGGCUCUUCUACAGAGCUACGGUGCUUGGAGAGCGAGGGAUACCCUCUGUCUCGGUAUCAGUGGUUUCGCAACAAUGAGGAGCUGCCUGAGGACCCCAAAACCAGCAUCCGCUUCUACAACUCCUCAUAUGUCAUGAACAUUGAGACUGGGUCACUGAAAUUCAGAAUAGUGAAGAAAGAAGAUGCAGGGGAGUACCACUGCCAGGCCAGAAAUGACGCUGGUCACACAAAAUGCACACCACAGCUUAUGGAAGUCUAUGAUUUUGACAUCGGGAUGAUGCUCCUCAAGAUUUUAGCAGGAGUGAUCGCAUUCAUCCUUUUAACAGUGGGGCUCUGUCUGGUUCAAAAACACGGCUACUGUUCCUGCAGAGAGGAUAAAGAAAACGAUUAUAAAGUCCCUCAAUAUGACACUGGAAAGGAUUGUGUCAGUGCAGAUGAGGGGCAUUUCCGGCACAAAUCCUCUUUCAUCAUAUGACCAAGAAACGAUGAAGGACACGCAGGAGAGACAACAGCUGAACUGUGUGCCACAAAUACAAACUAUCACAAUGUGAAUUUUCUUCUAAGGUGCAUAAACAUGAUCUUCUUUGCCAAAGCUGUUAAUAAACAUCACAGUAUUUUACAGACGAUACAGUAUUUACAAUUCUCUGGGAAAGUUUUAUUCUUCAUAUGUUACAGGAAAUAUAAGGACGAUUUUUUUUUAAAUGUAAUUCACCAAGAUGUUUUUGUUUGUUUGUUUGUUUUUUUUACAAAGUUGGAAUUUUGAAUUUUCAAAUCCAAAAUCUGUCCAGAACACUACAUUUAGUGAUGAGCUGUGUACAUGGUUCAAGAAUGUGCAAAGAAGCAAAUUUUUAUUGUUGUGGAACUGAAAGUGCAUCUACAUUCUGCGAUGUAUAAUCAGGCAGCGCAGCACAAGGCAAGGGUCAAUCAGUCAGUGAGCUGAAUACAGUAUUCUGUAUUUUAGACACACUAAAUCAUCAAAGCUGGCGUGAGUGUGUGUGUGUGUGUGUGUGUGUUUUUUGAUGUCGGAUCAUGGGAUGUUGUGUUGGUGUUUCAGUGGAAGUUACAUAGGUUGUAAAGUUUUAACAGCUCAGUUUCAGCGUUCACAAGUCUGUUAAAUCCAUAGAUUUAGGUCGUGCUAAAUGACUAACUUCUGGUUUUUCUACGCUUUAUUUUAUUUUUAAAUAUUAGAUACACAUUAUGUGUUUACAGUUCUGUCAGUGGUCUCCCUUUUUCUCUCUAAGUGACCUUCAGUAAUUUUUUAAAAAAAUAAUAAUUUUCUAUUAUUAUUCUUUUGGACAAAUUGUCCAGGUUUGUGGUGGCGUUCAUGUUUUAAUCUGUUUGUGGUAUUUGGUUGUAGCAAAGUCAAAUGGAAUUGCUGCGAAGAUUGUGGGCCAUGACCAAUAAAUAAUGAUAGUAAUUAUAACUUAAAUUACACUAUUUGGAAAUUUCCAGAUUUCUUCUUCUUCUUCAUUCUUCUUCUUUUUUCAGAUCUAAUAGUUGGUUCAUUCACACUACCAUCAAAAAAAAAAGAAAAAGAUUUUCUGACAGGUGUCUGGUUAUUAAAAUGGUUUUCUAUUCCAAAGAAGCUAUUCUUGACUGUUAAAUAUUCAAAAUGUCUUACAAUUUUGUGAGUUUGGACAAAUUGUCUUCCAUGAUGGCAUGUCCCACUGUCUUACAGGCAGCAUGGAUGACUGUUAUUAUGAAUGCUGUAAAAAUGCACCAUGGAAAAGAAAAGAAGGGAUUGGAUGUUCAGAUAGUGCAGUGAGGUAAACUCUUAUAUUAGAAAUGAAAUAUUACUCGACAGUACUGGAAUGUGAACUUUGCUAGGUCUGAUGUGAAUAAUAUUUGGGCUUUAUGUUGGAGAUGUUUGAUUAUGCAUGCCUAAGCAAGAACUGUGCAAGAUGAACAUGCUUACAAUGAUUUGAUGAAAAUAUUCAAAUGUAUAUACAGUAUUUAGCCUCACCACAACUGCCUGUUUGAUACCAAAAUAUUUUAGUGUAUCAUAUAAAAGUAACAAGUUCAUGAGUCUAUUCGGAUAUUUGUUACCCUUUAUUACUGUGUGUGCCAGUUCAUUGUCAGUGUUGGUGUAGUUAUGUUUGCUGCUUAACUCACAUGUAUGGUCUAAGAAGGUGCAUUCUGUCCAAAAUGAUUCCAUAAUUAUUCCAUAAAUAUAUAUAAUCAUUAGAUAUUCUUUGGAUUCAGAUUGCAAUUUCAGAUAUAUAUUCUUUAUCUGAAAUAAAUGUUUUAUAUCUAUAUAUCUCUAUAUAUAAAAUAUGUGACAUUCCAGGUAUAAAUAUUUUAUGUGUGCCAUUUACAUGACAGCUCACCUGUCGUCCUGUUUAUUGUUUUUGUAUUGUCAGGGUGUUAUGUGGUGUUGGUAUGGUUAAAGAAAAAGAAAAAAGUUGUAAUGUACUUCUAAUGUAAGAUUUGAACAGCAUUAAACCAGUGUAAAGUUAUGAUGUACUUAUUUUCUGUAAAGUAGAUGAUAACAUUACUCAGGAGUUUGAAAGAAGUGACAAUUUCUGUACACUGUUAGAGUUUUAGUGAUUCUAUUCGUUUUAUUUAAUAAAGAUGUUGUUUUAGAACAUA